AUGGAAUCGCUUCUCCUAAUAGCUUAUGCUUUUCUCUAUUUAUUCCUUCUCUCUCACGAGGCAGAGUAUAAAAUCAAUGCCGAUCAGUCGGAAAAUUCUAACGUGGGCCGCUUUGGUGGCAAUUAUGGCCGUCUUGGUCGUCUUAGUGGGUCCAUACAUCAUUGGACCGGAGAGUAUAGAGGGCUCGAAAAACGUCCUAACCACAGCGAGGACAAUCCUCCUUCCCGUGGAUGGACCGGAGAGCCUGGACUGGACCCAAGAGGAGAAGGCCCAUACGUUGGCGUCACUGACGGUCGCAUCCUCAAAUGGAGCGGUGAAGAUCUUGGCUGGAUUGAAUUCGCCUACUCAUCUCCCCAUAGAAAAAAUUGUUCGAGCCAUAAGGUGGAACCUGCGUGUGGAAGGCCUUUGGGACUUAGCUUCGAGAAGAAAUCGGGAGAUUUGUAUUUUUGCGACGGUUACUUAGGGGUAAUGAAGGUUGGGCCUAAAGGAGGAUUGGCUGAGAAAGUCGUGGACGAGGUCGAAGGUCAGAAAGUUAUGUUUGCAAACCAAAUGGAUAUAGAUGAAGAAGAGGAUGCUAUCUACUUCAACGAUAGCAGCGAUACGUACCACUUCGGGGACGUAUUCUACGCUUUUCUGUGCGGUGAAAAGACAGGAAGAGCAAUUCGAUACGACAAGAAGACAAAAGAGGCCAAAGUUAUAAUGGACCGUCUUCAUUUCCCUAAUGGUCUUGCCUUAAGCAUAGAUGGUUCGUUCGUGCUUUCUUGUGAGGUCCCAACGCAACUUGUGCAUCGAUAUUGGGCCAAGGGACCCAACGCCGGGACCCGUGACAUAUUUGCAAAGCUCCCUGGCUACGCAGAUAACAUCAGAAGGACCGAGACAGGGGAUUUCUGGGUUGCCUUGCAUUCCAAGAAAACUCCAUUUUCGAGGUUAUCUAUGAUCCACCCGUGGGUUGGGAAAUUCUUCAUAAAGACGUUGAAGAUGGAGCUCUUGGUUUUUCUUUUUGAAGGAGGGAAGCCUCACGCCGUGGCUGUGAAACUUUCUGGCAAGACUGGAGAGAUUAUGGAGAUUCUUGAGGAUAGUGAAGGGAAGAAUAUGAAGUUUAUAAGUGAGGUUCAAGAGAGAGAUGGUAGGCUCUGGUUUGGGUCUGUGUUUUUGCCUUCGGUUUGGGUUCUUGACCGUCAAUGAUUUAUACGUUUUACAUUAUAUAAGUUUCUCAUGUGUGUGGAUUUGAUGAUAAUUACAGGUUUAAACGUUAAAGUUUUUGCUGUAUCCGGUUAG